UCUUGAGUUUAUUUUAUUUUAUUUUGAACCUAAAUACAGACAGCUGCAUUUUCUUUCUCAGAAGUUGAGUCGGACUGUCAGGGAGAGUACAUCUCAAUGCAGCUCUCUGACAGUAUAUCAAAUAUAUACUUCCAUACAAUAUAUAUAUUUAUUAAUCGAUUUUUGUUAUUUUUUUUUUUAGCAAGACAGAGUCUGCAAACAGCUUGUCGUGGUUGUUUUGUUUUCAUUACUCUUUACAAACUCAUUCUGCAAAUUUUUCAUUUGGAUGCUAGCUAACUUAACAGUAACGUUAGUUGUUACAAAUCUUUCCGAUUUGUCUACGUUCAAUGAUUUUGGACCUCCGAACUGAUAUCAAAAUAUAUAUAUAUAUUUUUUUUAGCUAGCUUUGUUAAAUGGAUUUUAAAAACGUUAUCAGCGAUUACAGCCCUAUCACCUCUAACAACAGGCCCGACAGAAUCCACGGCCUUUCCUCACUGUCGCUGCCCGACAUGGCUUCGACUUGCAUCAAGAAUAAUCUCUUCUCUCCUGCUUCAGCAAAUGUACUGUCACCCGUCACUAAUCUGGCCCUAAACAUGAACAAUCUAGCUGGACUUGGAAGCCAACAAUGUGUAACUCCCAAGAGGAAAGGACAUGUGCCCCUGCUGAAGAUUCCCUCUUUCGCCUCCGACUGCUCGUCUGAUGCUGGUCUUGGUAUGGAUUCCCCCUUAGACCCUGUGGAUGUUGAGGAGAGCUUUGAUGAGGCCGUUCUGCAGUCUGGGAGAGUUACCAACGAUAAAAUGCCAAUCCGAAGAAUCAACUCUCUACCACUGCUGUUAGGCUCCAGUCCGGCUCUGAAGAGUCCGGACCCAGAGAGCCAGCAGCACCGCUUCGGACCCUACGGCUCAGUCCAGGAUACAGCCGCCUCCUUUGGGCAUGGUUGGCAGGGCAACAAGGAGAACCAGGAGGUGGGCUUCGAGUUUAAGAAGCCCGCCAAGCCAGCGUCACGCUGCCGUAGGAGGUCCUUCCAUAGUGGAGGAGGAGAGAACAAGGACUUUGCCCGUCGGCCCAACUCUGCCCCAGCCCUCAUGCUGUCCCCACCCUCGUCGCAGCGCCUCAGCUCAUUGGACGACAGCAGUCCCAUGAUCCUGCGCCGCUCCUCCUUCACCCGCUCCCUUAAUGAGGAUGACGAUGGUUUCCUUGAAGUUCUGGAUGACUGUGAGGAGGAGGAGGAGUGUGACAUGCCCAUGGGGAUGGCCAGCCUGCUGACAGCUCCUCUAGUGAGGGACAACCCUGCAGCGGACUCGCCGGUGGUACGGUGUCGGCCGAGGGGUCUGUUCCGCUCCCCCUCCAUGCCCAGUCAGGUGGAGCGCGCCCCCCUGAAGCGCCCUGAGUGUCCCCAGGAUGAGAACACGCCGGUCAGGGUGAAGAGACGACGCAGCCUGGUGGAAACGCACAUCACCAACGUGGACCAGGGCGACUGCUCUCUCAGAAAAAUGACGUUCUGUAACCACACUGAGAUUGAGAAGCUGCUGGACACUAGUGAGUCUGACCAGGACGUAGAGCUGAUCGGAGAUUUCACCAAACCCUGUGUCCUGUCCACCGUGGAGGGUAAACACCAGGACCUGAAAUACAUCACUCCUGAGAUGAUGUUGUCCGCUCUGAGCGGCCAGCUGCAUCAUGUUGUCGAGAGGAUCGUGGUGAUUGACUGUCGCUACCCGUAUGAGUUUGAGGGGGGCCACAUCAAAGGAGCCCUGAACCUCUACCAGGAGGAGCAGGUAGAGGAGUACCUCCUACGCACCCCCAUCGCCCCCCUCUCCCCUGACCACAGGGUCCUCCUCGUCUUCCACUGCGAGUUCUCCUCAGAGCGAGGCCCCAGGAUGUGUCGUUUCGUACGUGAGAGGGACAGGACGAUGAACGAGUACCCUAACCUGCACUACCCAGAAAUCUACAUUCUCAAGGGAGGCUACAAAGAGUUCUUCCCUCACUUCCGGAUGCAGUGUGAGCCCCAGGGGUACCGGCCCAUGCACCACCAGGACUUUAAAGAGGACCUGAGGAAGUUCAGACUGAAGAGCAGGACCUGGGCCGGGGAGCGCAGCAAGAGGGGACUGUACAGCAGACUGAAGAAGCUGUAGCCCCCCCCACCCUGUAACCCUACUGCCCUCUCCCCCCCCUCCCUGUAACCCUACUGCCUCCCUGUAACCCUACUGCCCGUAACCCUACUGCCCCUCCCCCCUCUGUAACCCUACUGCCCCCCCCCUCCGUAACCCUACUGCCUCUAGCCAAGAGAGCUGUAACACACUGCCACCACCACCAGCCUAUACUACCUUGCCACUCUUACACUCCCCAGCCAGACCACUACAGCCUUCCAGUCUCCAGAGGAGUUUUUUGGGUGUUCCAGUUUUACCCCCGUCUUUUAUUCCCAGCGUCUGGCCGUCUGACCACUGUGCUUAAUGUGACUGCAGAACCAAGAUCUGACCACUGUGCUUAAUGUGACUGCAGAACCAAGAUCUGACCACUGUGCUUAAUGUGACUGCAGAACCAAGAUCUGACCACUGUGCUUAAUGUGACUGCAGAACCAAGAUCUGACCACUGUGCUUAAUGUGACUGCAGAACCAAGAUCUGACCACUGUGCUUAAUGUGACUGCAGAACCAAGAUCUGACCACUGUGCUUAAUGUGACUGCAGAACCAAGAUCUGACCACUGUGCUUAAUGUGACUGCAGAACCAAGAUCUGACCACUGUGCUUAAUGUGACUGCAGAACCAAGAUCUGACCACUGUGCUUAAUGUGACUGCAGAACCAAGAUCUGACCACUGUGCUUAAUGUGACUGCAGAACCAAGAUCUGACCACUGUGCUUAAUGUGACUGCAGAACCAAGAUCUGACCACUGUGCUUAAUGUGACUGCAGAACCAAGAUCUGACCACGGUGCUUAAUGUGACUGCAGAACCAAGAUCUGACCACUGUGCUUAAUGUGACUGCAGAACCAAGAUCUGACCACUGUGCUUAAUGUGACUGCAGAACCAAGAUCUGACCACGGUGCUUAAUGUGACUGCAGAACCAAGAUCUGACCACUGUGCUUAAUGUGACUGCAGAACCAAGAUCUGACCACUGUGCUUAAUGUGACUGCAGAACCAAGAUCUGACCACUGUGCUUAAUGUGACUGCAGAACCAAGAUCUGACCACUGUGCUUAAUGUGACUGCAGAACCAAGAUCUGACCACUGUGCUUAAUGUGACUGCAGAACCAAGAUCUGACCACUGUGCUUAAUGUGACUGCAGAACCAAGAUCUGACCACUGUGCUUAAUGUGACUGCAGAACCAAGAUCUGACCACUGUGCUUAAUGUGACUGCAGAACCAAGAUCUGACCACUGUGCUUAAUGUGACUGCAGAACCAAGAUCUGACCACUGUGCUUAAUGUGACUGCAGAACCAAGAUCUGACCACUGUGCUUAAUGUGACUGCAGAACCAAGAUCUGACCACUGUGCUUAAUGUGACUGCAGAACCAAGAUCUGACCACUGUGCUUAAUGUGACUGCAGAACCAAGAUCUGACCACUGUGCUUAAUGUGACUGCAGAACCAAGAUCUGACCACUGUGCUUAAUGUGACUGCAGAACCAAGAUCUGACCACUGUGCUUAAUGUGACUGCAGAACCAAGAUCUGACCACUGUGCUUAAUGUGACUGCAGAACCAAGAUCUGACCACUGUGCUUAAUGUGACUGCAGAACCAAGAUCUGACCACUGUGCUUAAUGUGACUGCAGAACCAAGAUCUGACCACUGUGCUUACUGUGACUGCAGAACCAAGAUCUGACCACUGUGCUUAAUGUGACUGCAGAACCAAGAUCUGACCACUGUGCUUAAUGUGACUGCAGAACCAAGAUCUGACCACUGUGCUUAAUGUGACUGCAGAACCAAGAUCUGACCACUGUGCUUACUGUGACUGCAGAACCAAGAUCUGACCACUGUGCUUAAUGUGACUGCAGAACCAAGAUCUGACCACUGUGCUUAAUGUGACUGCAGAACCAAGAUCUGACCACUGUGCUUACUGUGACUGCAGAACCAAGAUCUGACCACUGUGCUUAAUGUGACUGCAGAACCAAGAUCUGACCACUGUGCUUAAUGUGACUGCAGAACCAAGAUCUGACCACUGUGCUUAAUGUGACUGCAGAACCAAGAUCUGACCACUGUGCUUACUGUGACUGCAGAACCAAGAUCUGACCACUGUGCUUACUGUGACUGCAGAACCAAGAUCUGACCACUGUGCUUAAUGUGACUGCAGAACCAAGAUCUGACCACUGUGCUUACUGUGACUGCAGAACCAAGAUCUGACCACUGCCAGACAUGACGAGGACUAAAAUACCUCCUAGUUUAAAACCGUUCAACUGAUUUCUCCUCACUGGACAGAUGUGCUGCUCAGAAUGAAUGAAUGAAAUGCCAGUUCUGUAUGUGCUGUAUAAAUACUACUAUAUUUUAUUAAGCACUUAAUUUAAACUUUAUUUUUUAUUUUUAGAUGGCCGUGGGGGGGUUUUGGGAUUUUGAGUUCCUCCUGUGUGCAUUUUUGUUUUUAGACUUUUGUUUUUGAAAAAGUGAGAUUUUGUAGAAAGCCUCUCCUUAGGCCAUAAUCACACACCCCUCGUAAUGUGGAAGUGUCUUAAGUAUUGGAUGUUUUUUUGUGAAUUGUGAGAACUUCUAUCAUAAGUGUAGUUUGUACCGCUCUUGAUAUUGAUAAUCAAAUAAUAUUUUGGGAUAAUCUACAAUUAACCCGUUCACAUGCGGGUGAAUUAACCCGUUCACAUGCUCGCCCUCUUUGACCAAAAAACAUUUUUGAAAACGUCCUUCCCUGCGUUCUCUUUGAAGUGAAAUGUUCAAUGACAACUGGCUGACCUGCAGCAAGAGGGCCUAGUGUCUCACAAAGCACGCUAUUCCCUAUAUAGUGCACUACUUUUGACCAGAGCCCUAUUCCCUAUAUAGUGCACUACUUUUGUCCAGAGGGCCCUAUGACAGUUGGGUGCUAUUUGUGGAUUCACACGUUACCUCCGUGUUGUGUUGGUCACAAAGAGCCCUUCUGUGUGAACAGGAAGUGUGUUAGUGAUUGUCAUGGAAGUGAGUGGAGGAUAAACAUGUUUGUUCUAAGGAGAGUUGCUGAAUAAAUUUCAUUUUUAUCCAUA